CUUGGAGAGUUUGUCGACCGUGCACUCUGUAGCAGUGUUGUACAGUACUGAAGGGUCGGUUCUACGCCGGCAAGGGUUUGGAGCUCGAGACGCCUUCGGAGCAAAUCCAGUACGGACCUGGCUUUCUGACACUCGAGGAUCUCUCGACCUUGAAGUCAAUAACGAAGUCGAAAGCGAAGUCGGCUCCCAGUAGGUUCCAGUCAAAUCCGUCGCUUAAGAUGCAGGCAGGUGGGGUGAUUUCUGCCCUGAAUGGUGGUGGCUGCAAGACUUGGGCUGCAGAUUUUGCUUCUAGAUCGCGGCUCAGUUGCUUGAGAGAAAGGUCCGGUUCGCUGAAGUGCUUUAGAGCAAAAUCUGGCUGGAACGCACCAUCCACAUCGUGUGUGCGGGUUACUUCCGAGAUUGCGGCAAAUACGUCUGUGCAAGAGCUGGGCGGUGCGAGGGCUGUGAGAAUUCCACCUCCUGCCCACCCCACGUAUCAACUUUUGGACAUAAUUAGGUAUGCUCUCGCUGAAGAUGCAGGAGAUCGAGGUGAUGUCACAUGCUUGUCCACAAUUCCUGAGCAAGCCCAGGCGAAAGCGCAAUUCAUGGCGAAAGCGGAUGGGAUUGUUGCCGGAAUCGCCCUAGCUGACAUGAUAUUCCAGGAAGUGGAUCCCGAGCUAGAAGUCGAGUGGAAUGUGCAGGAUGGUGACUAUGUGAAGUACGGGCUCAAGUUUGGCACUGUCAGGGGAUCGGCAAGAAGCAUUCUCGUCGCCGAAAGAAUUGCCUUGAACUUUAUGCAGCGAAUGAGUGGAAUCGCUACUUUCACCAAACAAAUGGCUGAAGCGGCAAAACCCGCUCGGAUUCUGGAAACCAGGAAGACUGCACCAGGGCUGAGGCUCGUUGAUAAGUGGGCAGUUUUGAUCGGCGGUGGCGAGAAUCACCGAAUGGGGCUUUACGACAUGUUUCUGGUGAAGGACAAUCAUGUAGACGUGGCUGGUGGGAUUAAGAAUGCCGUCGCUGCGGUAGAUCGUUACAUGACAGAGCAUAACCUUGAUUUGGGAGUAGAGAUAGAAACUAGAACGAUAGAUGAAGUUCGACAGGUUCUAGAUUGUAUCAGUAGUGGUAAGAGCCGGGUGACAAGGAUUAUGUUGGAUAAUAUGGUGAAAGUGACUCCAUCGGGGUCUGUAGAUGUCUCCAGACUCGAAGAGGCGGUGAAGCUUAUCGAUGGUAGAGUAGAAACGGAGGCCUCAGGCAAUGUCACGUUGCAUACGGUGAACAAGAUAGGUGCGACUGGAGUGACAUUUAUUUCUAGUGGAGCCUUAACGCACUCUGUGGAAGCAUUAGACAUUUCAUUGAAGGUAGACAUGAGCGUUGAUUCUAGGAUGUGAUAAAAUCACAAUUGUCGAAUCUCCGUUGAAAAUUGAGUGUAGCUUCGAGUGGUCAUAGAACUAGUGGUAGCUUGAAGCUGGUCCUCUUCACUGACAAGAGAAGAGGUCCGACAUCUGGAUUGCAGUUCUUCAUCUGGUUUAGUACAAGGAAAGUAGUCGUCUUUAUUUAUAACGAUGUCGAUGUUGCAGGAAGUUAUAUGAGGUGACAGGCGUUUACUUAGAUGAUAAAUUUUAUAGAAGUUUUAAAGAUAAUAUGGCCGAUUAACGAAUUUAUUUUUCCCCAAUUCUCAAUUUUCAUACUUUCUUAUUCUACAUGGAGUAUUUCAUGUUUUCAUUUUUUUCGUCAGUUUGUGUCAAGUGAG